AUGUCAAAUUAAAUUCUUCGUUAUGGCUUCCUCCUAUUCAUAUCCUGAAUUAUUUUUGGCGGGUUUUAUAUUUACCUUGCCCUUUUUAUAUGAAAAAAGCAAUGUUUUCCGAUAUUACUUGAAAUUUUUCCUCUACUACGCUUAUGUGUUAAUCACUUGCACAGUGCUAUUGCCCGUAGUAUUAAUAUAUCCUCGCGACGUAACAAACCUAAUAGUUGCUUCCAGAUUUUGUCGUUAUGCCUCAUAUAUAGUAGGUAUAGAAUGGGAGUUGAGGGGGAUGGAACAUUGGAACUCUGAACAAUGCUAUAUUGUGAUAUCUAAUCAUCAAAGCUCAUUAGAUAUAUUAGGCAUGUUUGAAAUGUGGCCACGCAUGAAACGCUGCACUGUCGUGGCGAAGAGACCUUUAAUGUUUACUGGUGCAUUUGGUUUUGGAGCUUGGCUCUCUGGACUAGUAUUUAUUGACCGGUUAAGAACAGAGCGAGCUCGACAACUAAUGAAGGAUGCUACUCAAAGAGUCAUAAAAGAAAAAACAAAGCUAUGGAUAUUCCCAGAAGGGGCAAGAUUUAACAAAGGCAGUAUACAGGCAUUCAAGAAAGGAGCAUUUUAUUUAGCUAUUGAUGCUCAGAUACCAAUUAUGCCAGUUGUAUUUAGUCAAUACUAUUUCCUUGACAGUGAGACCAAGACAUUUGAACCAGGAAAAGUUGUCAUCACUACACUGCCUCCUAUCCCAACAAGUGGAAUGACUCGCAAUGAUGUUGAAAGAUUAUCUGAAAUAGCUCGCCAGCAAAUGAUUGAUGUUUUCCAUGAGACCUCCAAAGACUUGGUCAUGCAAAAGAAAAUUGCUAUUUAAAACUAUCCAUAAACACCUCCAAUUAAUUGAUGUAAAUCAAAUCUAAAAAGUAUUUCCUAGAAUCUCAUCUUAGAAAAUUAAGUGCUAUUUAUUAGUUUUUUUUAACAUUUUAUUAUUGUUUGAUUGAUUGUAGUCAUUAGGAUGUGAGGUAUUUGUAAAUUCUCUAAACAUGUACACAUCAAAUGUUGUAUAUUACUCAUGAAAAUGUGAACAUGUGGAGAUAUUUGAAGACAAGUGCCAAUCAUUCACUUUAUGGCUAGUUAAUUAAGUUUACUCCAAGAAGCCAUAAUGUAGUUAUAUAACUGUGUUGUUCCUUUUACAAACCUCUAGUCGUUUUUUUUAUUUGUUUAGUGAGAUGUAGUAUAAGAGGAUUAUUUCCUAUUUCUAGUCCUAUUUUUAUUUGUAAGUUUUACCUGUUUACCCAUUUUGUUGACUGAUAUUAUAUAAAAAUGUUUGUUCUUCCUUUAUGCCUUUAGAAUGUUAAAGUAUCUUAUAUUGUAAGUAACUCAAUUGUUUAUUAUUAUUGCAUAAGUAGUUGUUAGUAAUUUCACAAGCAAAUCAAGAAAAUGGUUUACAUAAGUCUGCCAGUGAUAUUAUAUUCACUUGAUAAAAACACCCUUUAUAGUUAGAAAUAACUGUCAUGUAUAUAAUUUUAUUGUAAUAAGCAUGUCGCAAUAGAGACGAGUGGAAGGGGGGUAGAGAGGACGCUGCCCUGCAGUGGGACGACCAUGGCUGAAAAUAAAAUAAAAAUAAAUAAAGCAUGUCGCAAUAUAUCUGGUGCUUAUUUUUACUGUCAUGGUUAUGAUAUACCAAUCAGUAGCUAUGAGACAAAUAAUCUAGACACAAUUUGCCUAAAAUUUAACCCUAGGUGUUAAUUAAAUAAAACAAGUUUAGAGAAUCUUAGAUAAAUAUUUAUUUGGCUAAGCCAAUGAUUCUAAAAUGCAAUGUAAUUUAAUGCGUUUGGGCUGUAUGCUCGUAAGAUAUACAAAAGCGUCGAUUCUCUUGUACAAACAAUUAAUUUGUAUGUGUAAUGUACUGAUAAUACAAAAAAUACAGAUUUCUAUUAAAUAUUUUCUAUUCAAGUUUAUUUGAAAAUCUAACUAGUAACAGAGAGCAAGGGUUCUAUUGUUUGAAGAGAAUCGACGCCUAUGGCGAGGUUGUGAGAUUGUCACAUAACACGAGGCUUAUUUGAUUAAUAUCAAGAACUUGAAACAAUUUCGAACAAGCCUAUUGAAACACCUCUAAGCUUUGUGUGUACUAUGAUGAAGCUAAGGAUGGACAGAGCUUAAUGUAGGUUAUGUUGAAAUUUAAGAGAGCAAUAGUAUGAAAAUCCAGAUUUAUAAAUUUGUUAGUUCUCGCUCUUGUAGAGAUAGUAUGCCUCUAGAGGACAUUAUAGAUUCAAUUUUAUACUUAGCAUGUAACUAUUUGAAUACUGACACUUUUAUAACCACUGUUACAGUAACUUGUCCAAAGUAUUAAUCAGUAGGAAUCAAAAAAGGUUUAAUCAUUACUUGCGCUAGAUUGACGCAAUUAUUUUGUUUUCAUACUUUUUCGCUUUCUUAAAUCUUCACAACUAUCUGCUUAUUAGUUACAACUGUACUGUCAAAUACAUUUUGAUACACAAUGCACAUAAUUAUGCAAAAUUCGUGGUUAUAAAACCUGCAUCACUAGUUCGUCACAAGCAAUAAAGUUCAUAAUCUAUGUAUCAUAAACCUGAAUGUUUGCUAUAAGAUUGUGAUUUAAUAGUUCUUGUGCGAGAGAAAGAAGAAAUAAAUUGCACAUACAAUAAAAA